CUUUUUUUCAUCCGUUGAUAUUGAGUCGAAAAUAGCUCGAAGGAGCAGUUAUGUAGCCAACAUGCGACCAAGGGCCAGAGUAUGUCCAAAGGUAGUUGGUCGAACUUGCCAAGCCGAUUAUUUGUGCCAGGCAUUAACCACCACGUAAAAACGCGGUCUUGAAACCCGCGACCACUUUCCCGAAAACACCAACACGCAGGGAUCCCCAUCUAAUUUUAACCCUGUUCGCAGCUGCGGAACCAUGUCGCGAUCCUUCGGUGGUCGCUCCAAAUGAAGCUAUCCCUUAUCAUGAACAUAACCAUAAGCACAUGACACUAGCAUUCAAUUACUACAGCACCAAGGGUCGCACCAACACACAGCCCCAAAGUGCUGCCGCAUCUCAGCCGCACAGCCAUUUCGCGCAUGCACCCUGACUUGUGAAACCCAAAAAUGGAUUUUUUAGAGGAUCCCGACAUGGUAUCAUUGCUGGCCUUGCCGGCAAGACGAGGCUGUGGGAUUGCGUUCCCUGUUGCGGACCCCAACAGCAUGCGAGCACUGUCCCAUUAGGACGUGAAAUGUCCCGCGAUAGUAUCUCAGUGGGCCCUUAUUUCGUUUUUCGCGUUGUAGAGGGGUUUUGUUCCGUGAAGAGGACAUGGCGCUGGUUGAAACUUCAUGGGCCAGGAUGACAGGGCUCGACGACGGUUCGCAAUGUAUAAGGGUGUCGGUCGUCCAUUGAGCAUUAGGCGGACGACAGAAAGAAGUUUAGAGCUCGAGAUUCAGCUAUGUUCGCGCCUUACUUUCUGUUCGCGCUUUGCUGGUCUAUAUGCCUCGGCUCCGUUGCUGCUGGCGCAGCUCCCUUGAACAGCAAUCUCCAGAUUCGCAAUGCUCCAGCGAAACCGUCGCCGGAGACGCUGUGGGCUAUUCGGCGUGGACUCUCCUCUGCCGUAGCAGUGAAAAACGUUACCACCUUCAAAGGCAACACGUCUCUCGAUAGUAGCUGGGAUGGAGCGGUUUUGUUCCACUACGAAGAUGGAGCCGAGAAGGGCAAUAAUCUCUCCGUCAGCGCCAGCGUAGAUAUCAUCUGCACGACGUGCUAUAUUAAAGGCCUGGCCAGUGUGCAGUUUACUAUAGAUGGGGGCUUCAACUUCAGCGAGGCAGUUGGCACCGUCAAGACUGAGAUCGGAGAGGAGGUCACCAACAUUACCAACACAGUCGUUGACUAUAUUAAAGAUUCAGCCAAGAAUGUCACUCAGAGUGUGAUAACUGGCGACUUUGAUGGUUUUGACUUCCCGCCGUUCGAUGUUGACUUCGAUAUCGACAUUCCCAAGCUCCCAGAGUGCAACCUCAAAUUCCAAUUCGAUGGUCUAGAGCUAUACAUGGAAAUCGACACCAUAUUAUCUGGAAGCGCCACAUACACUCUCAAUCUGUACACGUCAAACACCCCAAUAGGCUUUGCUGUUGGCAAGGAAUUGUUGGUCGGUGUCGUCUUCUCUAUCGACUUAAUUAUCAGUGUAGAUGCCGAGAUCGAUAUCAGCACCGGCUUCCACAUCCAGCUCAAUGAUGGAAUAGCCAUUGAUAUUCACAUGUUCGACCACGACGUCUCAAGCAUAACCUUCAACGGCGGCAACUUCGAGUUCCUCCCCGUAACCCUCGUCGGCGCCGACCUCAUCCUCACCGCCAUCCUCCGCCUCGGCAUCCGCUCUGGCCUCGAAUUCAGCACCCCCACCUCUUUCAUCGGUGGCAUCCCCGUCAAAUUCAGCACCGGCAUCGAAGCCGGCGUCUGGGCCGACGUCGCGAAGCUCGUCACGAAUGUCACCGCCGCUCCCGACCGUGAGGACUGCCCCCUGCAAGUUGUGGAGGAGUACACCAUGCUUGUUGGCGCGAAUGCAGGCGCCUCGUUGGCGAUCGGUGAGCAUUCGUGGGGACCGGAGCCGAGCACGCAGGUGCCGAUUUGGUAUACCACGCUUGUGGAUAUCUGUGCGGGUGCAAAGACGACGGCGGCGGCGGCGGCAGUCACGAGCGUGGCGGUGGUGGGAAGAGAUGAGGGGAUGACUACGACUGUUACGGUGGUUACGCAGACGGCGAUCGUGUGUUUGUCUACUGGGCUUGUGGAAUGUCCCGCGUCGCUGCAGUCGGCGGUGAAGAAUGUGGUCACGAGUACGUUGAUAGCUCCCGUGCCAGUGGGUACUGCUGAGGCGUUCCCGACUACGACGGUGGAUGCAGUUGUGAGGACCAAGGCGUUUGGGACGGGUGCGAAGGAGAUUGGGGCUACGACUGGGAGUCCUGUGUCGUAUGUCCCGACGGUUUCGUCUACUACUACUACGUCGGAGCCUACGAGCAGUGGAUCUACGUCUGCACGAACAGAUGACAACAUUAUUGAGGGGAAAACGAAAGGUGUGAGUAAUAAAGUCAUCAUUGGCGUCAGUGUGGGUUUGGGCCUGCCGGUGUUGAUUCUGAUUAUUGCUGCGUGCUUUUACUGUUACAAGCGCCAGAGAUAUACUCCUGUGCAGAUGACGGAGUCGCCGUAUAUUGGUGGGAAAUCGAAUUUUGGGACGCCAGAAUCGGAUAAUAGCGGCUUUGAUGUGGCGCAUAGGGGGUGAGGAUGGGCGGCACUCGUAAAUGUGGUGUGUGGAGUUCGGGUCGGGAUUGGAUACCAGGAUAUUUUUAUGAGAACUGGAUGGUUCGGGGCGUCUAUGAAUAUGAAAAUGAUAUAAUGCCUUUUUCACGUAGCUUUCGUCGUUUUGUUUCAUGGAGGUGAUUGUGUGGUCAAUGUGGUCGUUUCAGCAAGGGCACGGACUUUGUUUCAGGAG